AAAGGGAACCAAUUUCCCAGCUUGAUUCCUACUCUGAACUUUAUACGAUAAUAGGAGAGGAAAAGAGAGCGCUGGGCUCACAUCUCAUUGUCCCUUUGCCCUCCUCCAUCUUCCAGCUGAAUCUUUGUCCCGUUGCCCCAUGUCUCAGCCAGCCCGUGAUGCUUAGCGACAUCAGAGUAGUAGCCGACACAUUGAGCAUACGAUUCCCUCACCCACAAAACCCUAGAAAAAAAAUAAUGAACUGUCGAUGCUGCUCCAUUCACUUGCAACGCAUUCAUCUCUGCACAUGCUUUGAGUUUCUUGACAUCUGCAUUGUUCAGCAGUGAGUGCUGCUCCCGUGGCUCAAAGUUCUGUUACCAGUUCCUGAAGAAAGGAAGCAAAGGUGAGGUUUCUGCAGGGGGAGAAGAGGCAUUAGCAUAGCAUCCAGGCUUGCUUGCUGUGGGGUGAAAAGAACUGGUGGUCUACCACUCAGAUCCUCCCUGUGCAGGAUUGGACAUUGUGGCACAACACUUUUUUUUUCUGGUGACCAGUAGCUAUCGCCAAUAACUAUAGAUCAUCUCAGCUCUUUUGAGUUCAGUGGCUGCCUUCAUUUUGCUCCCAGCAUCCAAAGCUCCAGAUAGAAAUCUUGCUUCCAGAUUCUAGCAGCGCUCUGUUUGUGUUCUUGGUCAGGAAGGCUGAAAGAUUAAUUGGCUGGUUUUGUCUCAUUGCCCUGCUCCAGCUGAAGAACAAGUUUUUCCAUUUCUGAUCAUUUGCUCAUCAUUUCUGCUUUUUUUGUCCUGCAUCAAACUGUUCGUCAGUUCCACGGUAGCAAACUAGCAAUCACCAACAAAUCUUCAGAAGGCUGAAGAAAUCUUGCUGCAAUUUUUGAAAGAAACAAAAAAAAAGGAGAACAAAUCUUUGUGGCAAGUAGGAAUGGCUAGAAGAAGUUGCAGCCAUUCUCUGCUCAUCUUGCUCCCAUUGCUGCUUGCAAUGGUGCCUGAAUCUACGCAGCUGCAGUCCUCCCAGACAUGGUCGCUGCUCAAGAUCCAGCAGCUGCUCAACUACCCGCCGGUGCUUAGCAACUGGCGCAAUGACACCGACUUCUGCUACGGCGGCGACUACAAGACCGCCUCCGCCUUCGUCGAGUGCUACGGCGACAGCGUCACGCAGCUCCAUAUCAUCGGCCCCGACGGCGGGCCUCCGCUCCCAAAGACGUUCUCCAUCGACGCCUUCUUCACGACGCUGUCGAGGCUGCCGGACCUCCGGGUGCUCACGCUCACCGGCCUCGGCCUCUGGGGCCCGCUGCCGGGGAAGGUGUCCCGGCUGGCGGCGCUGGAGAUCGUCAACGUGAGCAGCAACUACCUCUACGGUCAGCUCCCGGAGGGGCUGUCCCGACUCGGCAACCUCCAGACGUUCAUUGCCGACUACAACAUGCUCUCCGGCGAGCUCCCUGGCUGGCUCGGACGGCUGCCGUCGCUGGCCGUGCUGAGCCUCGGGAACAACUCGCUGCAGGGGGCGCUGCCAGAAUCCGUCAGUGACAUGGCGUCGCUCAGGUCCCUGUCGCUCGCGUCCAACAACCUCUCCGGCAACCUGCCGGACCUGAGCGCGCUCACGAAUCUGCAGGUGAUCGACCUCGCCAACAACUCGCUCGGGCCGGCGUUCCCGCGGCUGGGGAGGAAGGUGGCUAGCGUCGUGCUCCGCGGCAACCGGUUCAGCGACGGCCUCCCCGGCGAACUCAGCUCCUUCUACCUCCUCGAGCACCUCGACGUCUCUAGCAACCGGUUCGUCGGGCCGUUCCCACCUACUCUGCUCGCGCUGCCGUCCAUCGAGUACCUCAGCAUCGCCGGGAACCGGUUCACCGGGCUGCUCGCCGGCAACAUGUCCUGCGGCGAGAACCUCCGAUUCGUAGACCUCUCGUCGAACCUACUCACCGGGAGCCUGCCGUCCUGCCUGAACAGAGCCAGCUCGAGCAAGAACGUCAACUCCAAGGUGACGCUCGCCGCCGCGGCGAACUGCCUGUCCGCCACCAGCGGCGACGUCGGCUCGCAGCACCCGUCCCAGUUCUGCCAGAACCAAGCGCUGGCCGUGGGCAUCGUGCCCGACCAGGCGCGCGGCAAGAAGCACGGCGCCAAGGCCUGUCUCGUGGCCGGCAUUGUCACAGCCGCCCUCGCCGGCGCGGUGCUCGUCGGCGUCGCCAUAUUCCUCGCCGUGAGGAAGGUGACCUUGAGACUUGCCAAGGCCAGGCCGCCCAGACGGCUGGUGGAGCACGCAUCGAGCGCUUAUCCUUCGCAAUUCUUCGCCGAUGCGCGUUACAUAUCGCAGACGGUGAAAUUGGGAGCUCUGGGCAUUCCGGCGUACAGAUCAUUUUCUUUGGUGGAGCUUGAAGCGGCAACCAACAAUUUUGAGGUGUCCUGUCUCAUGGGGCAGGAUGCUCACGGCCAGAUGUACCGCGGAACGCUGAGCAACGGGACGCCGGUGACGAUCCGGUCGCUGAGAGUGAAGAGGAGCCACACGUCGCAGAGCUUCAACCGGCACAUCGAGAUGAUCUCCAAGCUCCGACACCGGCACCUGGUCAGCGCGCUGGGCCACUGCUUGGAGUACAACCUCGACGACUCCACCGUCACGCAGCUCUACCUCGUCUUCGAGUACGUGCAGAACGGCAACCUCAGGAGCAGGAUCUCACAAGGAACAGAAGGGAGGAAGCUCCCUUGGGUGCAGAGGAUCUCGACCGCCAUUGGUCUGGCGAAGGGCAUCCAGUUCCUGCAUGGAGGGAUCAUGCCUGGCCUGUUUGCCAACAACCUCAAGAUCACCAACAUCCUCCUGGACCAGAAUCUUGUCGCCAAGAUCGGCAGCUACAACAUCCCCAUCCUGGCUGAAACCGCAAAAUCAGAGGGAUGGGGUGGAAGCAAGUAUCCAUCUGAUAGGUUUCCGAACAGCGACAAGAUUGAUAUCUACGAUUUCGGUGUGAUACUACUUGAGGUUGUGUCGGGAAGGCCCAUCACAUCCAUACAUGAGGUGGAAAUCAUGAAAGAACAGCUGCAAUCGGCGCUGACGUCGGAAGGCCCGGAGAGGCGGAGGAUCUUCGUGGACCAGUCGGUGAGCAAGGCGUGCUCCGACGAGUCGCUGCGGACGGUGAUGGAGAUCUGCCUGCGGUGCCUGGCCAAGGAGGCGGCGCAGCGGCCGUCGGUGGAGGACGUGCUCUGGAACCUGCAGUUCGCCGCGCAGGUGCAGGACGACUGGCGGGGGGACUCCCGGAGCAGCGAGGAGUCGCCGCUCUCGCCGUCGCAGAUCCCCAGAGGACCCAGCCAAGCGGAUGCCUAGAUUGAGAGAAGAAAAAUAGGACAUCGGCAAUCGGGCAACGAAACAUGGAGCGACAAUUUUUUGGUUGAUUUGCAAGGAAGAACAGGACAGGAUGACAUCAGGCUAAGUGUACAGCAGAUGCAGAUGCAGCUGGAGCUGGAGCUUAGAAAUUAUUGCUACUACCCCAAGAUAUGUACAGGGCUCUCUUGGUGAAGACUACUAGUACUGUUUUCAUCACGUGCUCUUUACCUCUUCGAAUUCUUUUUCCAAUUUCUUUUUCCGGAACGACAUGGAUCUUUUCGCUGUGUAAGCACCACUCUCACUUUGAAUAUUAGAACCUAAGUGUAACAACGUGUAGCAUCUUUGCAUUGUUA